GUUUGAGCGCGCUUUAGCGUUUAAGGUGUAAUUAUACAACGAUAUAAAACGUCCAAAAUUACAACUAAUUGUGUACACAACUAUCAAAUAACACAAUAACAUGGAUUUUGUUAAAUUAAUAUAGAUAAUUAUCGAAUAUAAUAUAAUACCGUGUCUGCGGAUGGCGUUAACUUACAUCAACAACAACACCGGUUCUAUUAGCAACAACGAAAUACUUUUUUUAUGAUCAUGAAUAAAGUACCAUGACUGAAAGCUCUUGGCCGUAGUAGGAUUCGCAAGAGGAGGAGAGAAAGAUCCAGGGCAGCUGAGUGGGAGUGUCACACACACACACACACACACACACACACCGGGGCACCACGCGACUUCAGUUCAAACAAACCAGCGCGAUCCUCUGCAAACAGGAGCUCUUAUCUGUUAUUUACUAGGCGUCUUUACCUGCACGUCUCCGAAAACGUUUGGCGUCAGACUCUUGAGUUUGAAUAGGUGUAUUGUGGCCGCUGGUGCAUUGUGAUUGAGGGGAAGCAUGCAGGCUCGCUAUCCCAGCAUCAGAGCUGUACGGUGGGCCAACCACUGAAUACGGUCUUGAACUGUCCCAAAAACGUACAUAAGACCAUCUCACCCCAGUGGAGGCCCUUUAAACAAGCACUUCCGGACAAGUGCGCGUGUGUGAGAGAGAAAGCAAUAGUGUGUGUGUGUAUUGCCAUGGCUUUCACACUUUCCGAAAUCAUGGCAGCCCGACGACAGCAGCAACAGUCUCAAAGAAGUGGAAGAGGUGUGGUAGAGGUGGACGAGUACAGCUCCAACCCGACUCAAGCCUUCACCUUCUACAACAUCAACCAGGGUCGCUUCCAGCCGCCCCACGUCCAUAUGGUAGAUCCGUUACCCCACGACUCCCCCAAGCCCCCGGGCUACACGCGGUUUGUCUGUAUCUCUGACACACACUCACGCACUGACACUAUUCAGAUGCCGUACGGUGACGUCUUACUGCACGCUGGAGACUUCACAGAGCUCGGCCUGCCCAGUGAAGUCAAGAAGUUUAACGACUGGCUCGGCACUCUGCCUUACGAGAUCAAAAUCGUUAUAGCUGGGAACCACGAGCUGACGUUCGAUCAGGAGUUUAUGGCGGACCUGAUAAAGCAGGAUUUCUACUACUUUCCUUCGGCCUCCAAACUCAAGCCAGAGAACUACGAGAACGUUCAGUCCCUGCUCACCAACUGCAUCUACCUGCAGGACUCUGAUGUUACCGUCAGGGGCUUCCGCAUCUACGGCUCACCAUGGCAGCCAUGGUACUAUGGCUGGGGUUUUAAUCUGCCACGCGGACAGGCACUGCUGGACAAAUGGAAUCAGAUCCCAGAUUCCACGGAUAUUCUUCUCACACACUGCCCUCCUCUGGGUUUUUUGGACUGGGUGCCCAGGAAGAUGCAACGUGUUGGCUGUAUGGAGCUAUUGAACACUGUCCAGAGGAGAGUUCAGCCCAAACUACAUGUAUUUGGACACAUUCAUGAAGGUUACGGUAUGAUGACUGAUGGAACCACCACGUUCGUUAAUGCCUCGGCAUGCACAGUGAACUUCCAGCCUAUGAACCCGCCCAUCGUUUUCGACUUGCCCAAUCCCAGGAGCUCAUGAUUGAACUGGGACCCGCCCACUGCCCCCUUCUUUCAAUCAGGGUCCCUUUUUGAACGUGUACGGAUGCUGCGUAGUGUAUAUAAAGUGGACGAGAGAUGCUAAUUUGAAUACUCCCAAGGAUAUUUCCAUCCAUUUUUGUGACCUGUGACACUCUCAGACACAAAACGGUGGCGUUCAGCCUCUCUGACACGGACGUUUGAACUGCUUUCUGAAUUUGACUCUUGUGUUGCACUUGAAUCAGCGUGACAAUCGUGUGUACUUAAAGUCAUGGAAGCCAAUCAGUGCUUGAGAUGAUGGAAAGCCAAGCUUUCUUCUCAUUGGCUGGCACUUAUUUAAGGAAAUUUGUAACCUUGUAGCCUCAAUGGACAGCUGACUCUGGAUCCACUCUUGAAAGGUACAGGAUGUGCCCAGAGGAAACACUGCGCUAUGGUGCCAUCAAGAUUGUUCAGGGUCUUUACCAUUUCUAUCCUUCUCUCUCUCUCUUUCUCUGGGUCUCAGUCUCUCAUCCUACUUUUUCCUAUCUGCUGUGUUGUUAUAUGUUCCUCUUUUGAACUUGGGGCCAUGUUGGGUUUCACUGGGGGAUGAAAUGGCCCUAAACAGGAAUGUAAAAUUUAAAAUAUUGAUGGUGAAAAAGAAACAAAAAUAUUUUCCAGUGUUCUCCACAUUUUCAUGCCUUCUUUAUUGUUCGAUUUACUGUAAACGUGUAAAACUGUGAGUGUGUUUUCAAGCAAACGGUCCUUUACUAAAGCAGAGUGGACUUUUACAGUAGUUUGAAGUGUUUAAGUUCAAAUAUUUAAAAGUUCUUCUAAAGCGCCGCUGUUAAUGUCCCUCCUAUGAAUAUCAAAGACUUGCCAUGCACGCAAAGUGUGCUUUUCAUAACAAGAAUAUGUUGCACUUUGAUCCACUUGCUCCCCACUAUAAUUUAUUAACAUUCCUCCUGGCGAUAAUUUAUUCCCAUGUGUUUUACAGCUCUUCAGCAUUAACUGUGUCUGGCAUUAGGCCUAAUAUGACGCUUCUGUUAGAUGUGCAGAGGGUUUUCAUCUCCUCCAUAUAAAUGGAUGAAUAAAAAUGAACAAAUCGAACGAA